AUGGCUUCACAAUCAGCCACAGAAUCGUACUCAAACCCUCUUAAGAAGUUCAAAUUGGUUUUCCUUGGAGAACAAAGUGUUGGAAAGACCUCCCUGAUCACCAGAUUCAUGUACGAUUCAUUCGACAAUAUGUAUCAGGCUACAAUUGGCAUCGACUUCCUGUCAAAAACAAUGUACCUUGAAGACCGGACGGUCCGUCUCCAGCUAUGGGAUACUGCCGGCCAAGAGCGAUUCCGCUCCUUAAUCCCCUCCUACAUCCGCGACUCGAGCGUAGCAGUCGUCGUCUACGAUAUCUCGAACGCAAAAUCAUUCCAAAACACACGCAAAUGGGUCGACGAUGUGCGCGGCGAACGGGGUAAUGACGUGAUCAUCGUGCUUGUGGGGAACAAGACCGAUCUGAACGAUAAGCGAGAAGUAACGACAGCCCAGGGGGAGGAGGAGGCUAAGAAGCAUGGACUCAUGUUCAUCGAGACAAGCGCGAAGGUUGGGCACAAUGUCAAGCAGCUAUUUCGGAGGAUAGCUCAGGCUCUGCCGGGCAUGGACGAUGAGGCGGGGAGAGGUGCUAACCAAAUGAUUGAUGUUAAUAUCAACCCUACACAGCCUGUGAGCAACGAUGGAUGCGCAUGCUAGGAGGAAAUUCCUGGUCGACUCAAUGUUAAGGAUCUGCGUCUUUUCAAUUCUAUGACAUUUACUUGCUCUGCGUAUCAUUGUUGUAAUGUCUUCUCUCUCUUAUGCUCUCAUUUCUAUAUAUAUUUUUCUUUCUCUUUCCCUUCUUUCUCAGCUUUUCAAGCUGCGGCGCUCAAAUUUUUCCUUCCUCUCGAUCGUAGAUAGGAAUUUUUUUGUCCCAUUGUUAUAUU